CCCAUCUGCCGGUGCGUAGAAUCUAUAUUCACACUUGGUCUCCAGACUGAGAAGCACCAGGGCAAAAUAUUGUUCAAGGUGUGACUCACCUGGAAGGGUGAGUCUUUGAGGGCUGAGUGGACCCCUAAUUGGGAUCCUUCUGGAAGGACCUGCUGGAAGUGGUAGCAAAAGAGUUAAAGCUUUAUGAAGAUUUAUAUGGUGGGUAUAGGGCACCAAGGGGCUUUGUGGCCAUUUAAUCUAUGAAUCUUUCUCUUCUUGUCACUUAUUUACUAUUCUCAUUUUGUAGACAGAAAACUGUGAUCCAGAGAGAGAAUGUAACUCUCCCAAGGUCAUAUUGUUAGUAAGCGGUCUCACUAAAAGGUCAGCCUAUGUAGCCAGACAGCUAAGUCUGUGCUCCCAUAUUAGUGGCUGGUAACAUCACCUGCUCUCAGUGGUUUUGGUCAAGCUAAGUGAGAUUGCCUGGAUGGUAUGUGAGUAGAUGGCAGAGUUGUUAGCUACCAAUUAGUAACCAAUACUUUAUGAAUAUUUUAUUUAAAAUGUUUCUUUAUAAGCCAGCCUUAAAACAAACAAACAAACAAACAAAAAACCUUGAGUAGCUAAGCUAAAAGUACUAUCUUAGAGGGAUUCAAGUAAGACUGAGAAAUGAUCCCUUACCACAGAAGGUGUGGUCUACACAAUGCCCUUCCAUUGUCAACUUCCAUUACACAACUUUGCGUACCACUUUCCAUUCCAUGUACAAAUUGUUCCUGGGAGUAAGACCAUGGAGGGGGGGCAGUCUUCACUGCAUCUGACAGAGACUUCUAGUAUAGGCUAUGUGGUUUAUCUUUUCCAGGAACUAAAGAUUGGCUUAUUCUCUUUGAAAGUUAGGACAGUGUAGUAAAUUCAGUAUAGUUAGCCCUUCCUGGUGCUUUCUUCUGAGGAACACAUUCCAUAACAGGCUUAUUUUUGAGCAUUAAUCAUUCAAGGUUGAUAAACACAAGUUCGUGACUUGAAUAAAACAGUGUAAAUCAGUCUCACACGAAUAACUGAAAACUUAAAUAUUUAUAACCAACCUAUUAGAGGCAUUUUUAUGAAGAAAGUAUGUAGGACCCCAAAUCCUAAUCUAAUUUUUAGAUGUGUCUGCAUGUGCUUAAAAGUAAACUGGAGUCUAGACUUUGAGCUUAGACUUCUAAACACCCAACUCUUCGUACAGAGUCUUUAAGAUCAAACCAGAGCUGAAGAAGUUGCUGGGUCUCUUUGAGCACAGUGCAAGUCAGCCCCAUUCGAAUGGGAAAACAGAGGCGAAUGGCAGUUUCCCAACUGCACACCACCAGAAAGAACAGUUUCCAUGGAUCAUGACUGCAGAAGUCCUAUGGAUUUUUAUGGUACUGAAUCCCCCUAGUGUUCUCCUGGGUGUUAGUUGAAGGACCUUCCUCUGAAUGACCUUUUCACUGCAGCUUCUCCUGAAAAGGUGCUCUCUUGUACCCGAGGAAGCCAGGAACUCGCAUGGAUUUGCUUUUCAUUCAUCCAGUGCAGAUGAAGUAAGGUGUAACAUGACGCGGCAAGCUGCAUGUGGGGAAAGGUGCAUUCCUGUGGCCUGGCUCUGCGAUGGACAGCAAGAGCGCCCUGAUGGGCCCGAUGAGCAGUGUGAGGAAGUGUGUCGUGGACAUCCACAGGCCUGGCAGUGUGACGACGGAAAGUGUAUUCCUAUUAGCUGGCUUUGUGAUGGUGCCGGGGACUGCCUGGAUGGCUCCGAUGAGGUGAACUGUGAGAACUCCACAGCAUGCCCUGGCCAGAAAAUCCAGUGUCCGGGACAUUCUCAGUGUCACGAGGCUUGGGAACUCUGUGAUGUCCAUAGGGACUGUGAAGAUGGGCUCGAUGAAGCACACUGCUCCCCGAACCGCUGCCUGGUGGGCCAGUGGCAGUGCAGGAACAAGGUGUGUGUCUCGGAUAGCUGGAGGUGCAAUGGGGUCAAUGACUGUGGGGACUCCUCGGACGAGGAUGCCUGUGCUUCCUGUCCAGAAGGCAUGGUUCGAUGUGAUGAAGGGAAAUGCAUCCUGGAAUCCCUGAUGUGUGAUGGGGAAGCAGACUGCACAGAUGGUGCUGAUGAACCCGUUACAUGUGGGAAAAACUGCUCCCUGGCCAAUGGGGGCUGUGAGGGGCAGUGCAGUGACACCACCUGGGGAGUCCAGUGUUCGUGUGGAGCUGGGUGGCAGUUACAGCCGGACGGGCAGAGCUGUGCAGAUAUAGAUGAGUGCUCCAAGGCCUACGGUCCCUGUGGCCAGCUAUGCCGUAAUGUCCCAGGCUCCUACUCCUGUGCGUGUAUUCAAGGUCACCAGCUCUACAAUGGUACCAGUUGUCGAGUUACAGAUGAUGCUGUAAAAAUUCUUAUAGCGGCAGACAGAGAACUUGGGGUCCUGGAUCGAAGAACAGGCAUCUAUGAGCCUCUGAUACCUAUAAAAUCGAGGUCUACUUCUGUUGCCUAUGACCUUGAGAGAAGCAUGUACUUUUGGGUGGAUGAAGUCUUACAUGUGUUCGUCCUUGGGAAGCCAAACUCAGUUCCUCUCUAUCCAGAACUUAAAACUGUAGACAGUAUCUCUUUGGACUGGCUCACGGGGCAGCUGUACUGGGCUAGCAGCUUUGCGAGGGUCAUCUGUGCUGGUCUGAGUGAUGGCAGAGGCUACGUCAAAAUCGUGGAAAAGGAUCUGGUGCCAGAACAGCUUAUCGUGUUUCCCACAAAGAAGUCCUUGUAUUGGGUAAAUCGUGGCAAGAAAGGCGCGAGAACUAUCGAAGCUGCAGGGAUGGACGGCUCAGAUCGGAAGGUGCUUGCAGCUGUCCACAUGGAGGAGCCUGUGGGGCUGACGCUUGACUAUGUGACCGGCCGGCUGUACUGGAUCAGUGAAUAUAAAGAGGCAGGUACCCAGCAUGUGCCCCAGGCUCAUGGCAGCCACCUCUGUCUCCUGUCCCCUGUCCAUCCUAUAAGUGUGUUUGUCCGUAGGGAAUGUUCCUUUUACCUUCUGGUACAUGUGGUGGUAAGUAUGCUGGGUGAAAUGGGCUUGGCUCAAGGAGAGGCAUUGCAUGGUAGGCCUGGAAAUAACAUAGCUUCCGUUUUGGGAUCACUUUUACACUGACAACUUUACUUUGAUAAGUUUUGUUAU